AUGUCUGACAAGGAUAUAGUACGGGACGCCAGCCAUGCCGGCUCAUGGUACUCAGCUUCUGCGUCUCAACUCGACUCACAGCUUGAGGGCCACCUCGCCGCAGUCAAGCCUCCGCUUAAGUGCAUCGGUCCACAAUCAGAGGGACAAUCAGUAUCCGAGCUGCCUAUCUCCGGAGCGAGGGUGAUUAUAGGACCGCACGCCGGUUACUCAUACUCAGGCCCAGCAGCAGCCUGGGCUUACAGAUGCUGGGAUGUGUCCAAGGCCAAGAGAGUCUUUCUGCUAGGACCAUCGCACCAUCAUUACACAUCUCGGGCUGCGCUAACCCGCUGCACCCACUAUGCUACGCCGCUUGGCCAUCUCACCAUAGACCGCGCGAUGACAACAGAGCUCUACAAGUCUGGCAAGUUCGAAUGGAUGUCUCAAUCAGUGGACGAAGAUGAGCAUAGCCUUGAAAUGCAUCUACCAUAUAUUCACAAGAUAUUUUCAAAGACUUUCUCUGGCAACGCUGCGAAGUUUCCGCUUCUAGUGCCCGUCAUGGUUGGCAAUACCUCCGCAUCAACGGAGGCCACGCUUGGCAAGCUACUCGCCCCUUAUCUUGCCGACGAGACAAACGCCUUCGUGAUAUCUUCGGAUUUCGCGCACUGGGGCCUUCGCUUUCGCUACACUCUCUACCGCUCGCCCGGGGCUUCGCAGGUCAACCUUGCCGCAGGAGCCAAAGCGCCCACUAACCCGGCCAUCCACGAGUCGAUCAAGGCUGUAGACUUUGACUGCAUCGCAUCUUGCGAAAGUGGCGACCAUUCACAAUGGCUUGAGACCUUGGAGAGCACCGGCAAUACCGUAUGCGGGCGGCAUCCAAUCGGCGUGAUGAUGGCUGCAGUAGAGGAAUUGCGAAGGACAUCCGGGAAAAAGGAUGCGGGUGCUUUCAAGUUUGUGAGGUACGAGCGGAGCGAGGAGGUAAAGAAGGUGAGCCAGAGCAGUGUGAGUUAUGCAAGCGCUUUUGCUGUGAUUUGA